UCUCAGAGUAUAUUACGAUUUUGGCAGGCAAAGAGAGAUCCAAUUUGUUCUCCCUCUCUCUGUUGCCACAGAAUCGCAUUAAAGAACAAACGUCCACUUCUCUAAUCCGCCAUAAUUAUUGGAUCAAUAUAUCAAAAUUACAGACGAACCCAUAACUCCCAAUUUCCGAGAACACCUCAUAGCCAUGUCGGUAGAAGAAUCCCACUAAUACGGAUCACCAUAAUUUGAGAAAAAAAAAAAGUUGAUCGAUCGUCGUGUUUGAGCUCAGUAAGCAAAGCACCAGGAUGAGAGGGGCUGUUCUUGUGGCCGUUGCCGCUGCCAUUGGCAACAUGUUGCAAGGAUGGGAUAAUGCCACCAUUGCAGGGUCUUUGCUCUAUAUCAAGAAGGAAUUCAAUUUGCAAAGUGAACCAACAAUAGAAGGGCUAAUAGUAGCCAUGUCCCUGAUCGGGGCCACGAUCAUCACAACAUUCUCAGGGCCGGUUUCAGAUUCAUAUGGGCGUCGUCCAAUGCUUAUCAUGUCAUCAAUUCUUUAUUUCAUUUCUGGUCUUGUAAUGCUAUGGGCUCCCAAUGUCUAUACACUUCUUCUGGCAAGAUUACUUGAUGGAUUUGGGAUUGGUCUAUCGGUUACUCUUGUCCCUGUUUAUAUAUCCGAGACUGCUCCUCCUGAAAUAAGAGGACUGUUGAAUACACUCCCACAGUUCACAGGUUGUUCUGGUAUGUUCUUGUCAUACUGUAUGGUGUUCAUGAUGUCUCUCACGGAUGCACCCAACUGGAGGUUGAUGCUUGGUGUUCUUUUUAUUCCUUCACUUCUUUAUUUUGUUUUGACAAUUUUCUUCCUGCCCGAGUCUCCACGAUGGUUAGUUAGUAAAGGUCGGAUGGAAGAUGCUAAGAAGGUUUUACAGAGACUAAGGGGCAUGGAGGACGUUUCAGGUGAAAUGGCUUUGCUGGUGGAAGGGCUCGGUGUUGGAGGCGAAACCUCGAUAGAAGAAUACAUUAUUUCUCCAACAGAUGAACUUAACGACAAUCAAGACAAUGUUACAGAAAAAGAUCAAAUUAAACUAUACGGUUCUGAAGAUGGCCAUUCAUGGGUAGCCAGACCGGCACCUGGCCAAAGCAGCCUAGCCAUAGCAUCACGUCAAGGAAGUAUUCUUCAGAGAGGCAGUUCACUUAUCGAUCCAGUUGUGACUCUUUUCGGAAGUGUUCACGAGAAGUUACCAGGAACCGGAAGUAUGAUAUUCCCCACUUUCGGCAGCAUGUUUAACGUCGCUAUUCCUGAUCGAAACGAUCAGUUAGACGAGGAGAAUCCAAUAGAAAACCAGAAUUCUGACGACGUGGAUUCAGAAUCGGACGAUAACAAUCUGCGUUACCCUUUGCUUUCCAAUCACGAGACAACAAAUGCCGAUAAGGAAACGAUCCAAACUAGACACGGGAGUAGCCUUUUGCUGAUGGGUAACUCCGGAGAGACUGCUAGUGGAAUGGAUAUCGGAGGAGGGUGGCAAAUGGCUUAUAUAAAAUCAGAAGAGAGGAAGAAAGACGGAGUCAAGAGGAUUUACUUGCACCAAGAGAAUGGCCCUGUUUCUCGUCGUGGGUCUCUGUUUUCACUGGCGGGUGGGGAAAUAUCCACUGAAGGUGAAACUAUUCAUCAUACUUCUGCUUUAGUGAGUCAAUCGGUUCUUCGUCUUGAUAAUAAUGUAACCCAAGGAGUUGAGAUGGUUCGACCGCCUGAAGCGGUUAUCAAAACAUCAACUUGGGUUGCUCUUUGUGAACCUGGUGUCAAGCAUGCUUUAGUUGUUGGUGUUGGACUCCAAAUCCUUCAACAGUUUUCUGGAAUAAAUGGGGUUAUGUAUUACACUCCUCAAAUUCUUGAGCAAGCUGGAGUUGGUGUACUUCUAUCCAAUUUGGGAUUAAGUUCAGAAUCGUCGUCUUUACUUAUAAGCGCCCUCACAACUUUGUUGAUGCUUCCAAGUAUAGGCAUUGCGAUGAGACUCGUAGAUGUAGCUGGAAGAAGGUGGCUAUUGUUGUCUACUAUACCAGUAUUAUUAAUUUCACUUAUGGUACUAGUUUUCGGGAGUUUAGUUGAUCUGGGAUCUGUUUUACACGCGAUUUUCUCAACCGUAAGCGUGGUUGUCUACUUCUGUUUCUUUGUAAUGGGGUUCGGUCCCAUUCCAAACAUCCUCUGUUCAGAGAUAUUUCCAACUCGAGUUCGUGGAAUUUGCAUAGCUAUAUGCGCCCUUACCUUUUGGAUAUGUGAUAUAAUUGUAACUUAUAGCUUACCGGUUCUACUCAACAGCAUUGGUCUUGGAGGUGUGUUUGGAAUGUAUGCAAUCGUUUGUACCAUCGCUUGGUUUUUCAUUUUCCUAAAGGUUCCAGAAACAAAGGGAAUGCCUUUAGAAGUCAUCACUGAAUUCUUUGCCCUUGGUGCUAAGCAAAAUAGCGAUGAUAUCGAUUGAAGAAUUCUUAUAAAUAAUAUAUAUAUUUUUUCUUUCUUUA